ACUGUGUAGUUGAGAGUAUCUAAAUAAAAAAAACAUAAAUUUUAGUGAUUUUAUAAAAUAAUAAAAAAUAUAACUCUAAUAAUAAUGUCUACAAUUAAAAAUACAAUUACCGAUGCAGGAAAAGCAAUUAAUAUUGCCAAUAGUAUGGACUGUAGUUCCGUAGAGAAAGCAGCUUGUGCAACAAUUGGCGGAGCAAUUGGCGCAUCGGGAGCCACGGGUUGUCUGCAGGACUGUCUCGAUGGCGGUUCAAUGGGUGCUACCGUUGCCAACAUUGCUAACUCCAUAAGUCCCGGUUGUCUGGAUCCGGGUGUUUGUAUUGCUACCGGUGUUGUUGUCGGCAUAGCGGCCAAUGUUGACGGCGAAAAAAUCAUGGAGGCCAUGAAAAAUGAUGGCCAACAAGAUAAGGAUUGGGCGGAAAUGUGCCCGGGYUAUAUUGGUGCAUCGGAUAUUUAAGUGGAUAAAAAAUUGA